UCAGAGCCAUUCCCCUGCCCCUAAGAAGAGUUUGCCAGCAGCUCGUUGAAAAAGUAAGAUGAAAGUCAUCGUCAGCCUAGCUGUCUUCUGUAUCUCACUGGCCUUGUGCGAUGGAGCAUGCUUUAUGAGUACAUCAGUGACUCCAGAUGGAUGUACUGAUACGUAUGAUGGGAAGAAACAUCCAUUUGGGUCCGCCUGGAAUACAGCUGAGUGCAUGAGAUGUGAAUGCAGCAGAAAUACAAUGCAAUGCUGUAGCAGAUAUGGUGGUGUUGUAGAGCCUCCUCCUGGAUGCAGAGCAGUUGUUGAUUUCCAAGCGUGUAAAUACGUAUUGCAUAAAGAAGGUGACCCUUCAAAGCCGUGUGAUAGGGCUUAAAAGACCCAUUCUGUCUGUCAUAUUGAGGACUGGAACAAAACACAGUAUUUACACAUGCCCAUGUCUCUGACUUUUAAAAAUUCAAUAACCAA